GUCCUAUAUUUAUGUAUUGUAGCAUAGAACAUACGGAGAGAUCAUCCGCUGUGGUUUUCAGACGUUCCGGUUGAGUAUACAGACAGUAUUUUGCACGGAUGACCGCAAAAGUUUACCAUUUUAGUGCAGGACCCGCUUACUUUACAACAGGUCUCAUCGCCCCUCCUUCUUCCGGCCAAAAUGUUACCCCAAUAGACCGAAAGCUGGGUAUAUUUAUAAAUAGGAACCUGUGGCAAUACAGGCCGCAAGCCCACCUGCCUUAGUUGAUACCGGUAUGAUAACGAGUGCAAAACGGGACAUUUCUCCGCCCAUGACACAGUCAUGAUGGCAACCACUGUAGAAGGCUGUUCUCCGGAGCUUCGGAAGACGCUGGUUGGUGUAGAUGCACUGUGUAGAGCAAGCUCGAAGCUGCGCGAGCAUGCCGAGGAUAACUUGUACAAGCCAUUGAUCUUGUGCUCGGAAACACCUGGACUGGAAGAAUCGGAUGCCCAAUCGGUCCAAUUCAUCAGCAACAUGUUUGGUGUGCUGCUAGACUGUGUUGCGUUCAUUGACGACUGUACGCGCGUUACAGCACGGCUACUACAGAUCAUCUUUGCACUGGCCUGCGAUCAAGAGAGUGUCUUCACAGGCUCUACACUGCUCCCGUUAUACGCACACGUGUGCGAGCUGUUCGGUACUUUGUGUGGGUUGGAGGAGAUCAUCAGGCGCACACCAGCCAUCCACACGUGCUGGCCUGUUUUUGAGUCUACGGUUGUCGGACGACGCGACGCUGCGAGCUCCACAGGGGGGGAGUCUGUAGAGCUAGACUUGCUGCUGGGAAAAGUGAACCAGAUCAACAGGCGACUGCUACACACCUCCGUGGUUUGCGAUGUGCUGCUGACGGCUGUACCGGACAUGCUGGUAACAGAGAGCACCCAACUGGAGGCCAUCGGCAGUAGUCUGUUGUGUGCACUGUCCAGUUUGUUGCAAGAUGGACACCCGCCACCGCCGAGCGAAGGUCCGUCUCGGUCACGCCUGGGCUGCGUUGGACUGUUGAGCGUAUGGUGUGCCGUGAACCGACAACAGGAGGCUGUACCACUGAAGUCAGUUAUGAAGGUUGUUUGGUCUGGGUUCACUUCUUCCCCUCGGGCUACAUAUCUGGGUGAGU